AUGUCGGAUAAAGACAACUCCGAUCCCGUUGAAACACGUGGAUCAGAAGUGCGCCAAGAUACAGAUGCAGACGAACUGGUUACCGGUCACAUUCAAUGCUCAGUGUGUAGCAGUACCUUUCGACGACCUGAGCAUCUGAAACGACAUCUACGGAGUCACACAAAGGAGAAACCAUUUGAAUGUGCCCAGUGCGGCCGGCAUUUCUCAAGAACUGACACCCUCCAUCGACAUGAGCUGAGUCACCAUGCACCAGGAAUGGGAGGGAAAGACCGCACCCAUCGGAUUACUGUCAAAACAUUUCGCGCAUGCUUUAGUUGCGCAACAGCAAGAGUAAGAUGUAGCGGUGGCAUGCCAUGUGGACGGUGCGACACUCGUUCGCUUGAAUGUCAAUACCCCACGCAAAGGCGGUCUAAAGCAAAAGCCUUGAGAGAUUCAGUCGGGCAAGAAGCCGAGGCGCAGAACGACAACCCCAAACAUAUGCAAGAUUUGAAUGCAGCUUCUAGUCAGCGCCAGUUUUCUAUACACUCGCAGAAUGAGCCGACACUAUCAUCCAAAAUUUCACUCAAUGUAUCAUCUACGCCCGGCGAUGAUUACACAAGACGAAUAUCCCAAAAUGCACACAAUCCAGACGCCUCGAAUCCUCGUUUGUACCUCCCAAAUGAGAUACAAGGGCCGUCCGAGCCACUGCCACUGGAGGUUUACCCUGGAGAUAUCAACCAGACAUAUGAUAAUUCGAGCUCCAACAUCUCCAAAGCGUUCCCGGUUGAUUCAUCCAACAAUUUAGACUCUGAAAUGAGAGAUCUCCAGCCGGGGAUGACCAACCCAGCAGGUGACAUUGAAAUGACCAUGGCAAAUAACUCAGAAGUGCCGCUAGAGUUUGAUCCCACAUUCUUUGACCAGUCCAUGCUUUCGACCAUCAAUUGGCUCCCUGGCGAAUUGCUUUCUGGUGCUCCUAAUGGCCACGCACAGUCUACCAGUGUUUCCUCGCGAUACAACCAAUCUCUCAGCCCAAGUGUCUACUUCUCUCGAACAGCGUGGCAGCCACCGAUUAUCAGCGGGCAAAUGAGUCCUUUGCAAACAGAGCGGGUGUCUCAGACACCCCCUGUGCAUGUCUCUCUGGGAAACAACAUGGGAAGCCCCAAUCGAUAUUCCCACAGUAUUAGCGAGCCUUCUCCUCAUAACGAAUCAGUCGGUUCCGCCAAGAGAUCAGCGGACUACUAUGUCGAUGGUGCGCCAUCCAGACUCCCAAAGUACGGAAAGAAACACACGCCUUGGUCCCGCUCAUCUGUAGAGCCGGUCGAUAUUGGCAAGCAGCUGGUCAUUGAAGAUGACGAACACCGGUUCAACUUCCCCAUCAUCUCCGAACUGCGAACAGAUCAGAUAUCGGAAGAUAUAACCCGGUUUGCACAACGGAUUGAAACAUCCACCUACGAUGAGAUUUACCGGCACUUCGUUCAACUAUGCUGCAAGGAGACUCCGUUUUUUGAGACGUUCGAAUCGGAGAAAUUUCCCAGUGUGGAAGAAUGUAACCAGUUCAUCCUCUUCUUCUUCGAUUCAUUCCAGGGUGUUUAUCCGAUUUUACAUCUUUCUCAGUUUGAUCCGAAUACAAGCCAUUGGCUCUUGACUUUGUCAAUAAUAGCGCUCGGCUGCCAUGUGUCUCUCAUUUCCGAGAUAGAGCAGUGUACAACUGCUCUCCACGAGCUAAUUCGGCGGGGUAUCUAUCUUGAGAAAGAGAAGAGUCGCCCUGGUCAAGCUUCUCUCGAGAUAUUGCAAGCUAUGUUGUUCAAUUGCAUUGGAUUGAUCCAUAGUAGGAGCGAGCGAGAAAAGGCUUCAGCCUUGAGCACAUUUGGUGACUUGGUGACACUUGUGAAAGCUUCCCGGUUAUUGACACCAACGCGAACAAAACUCAAUGAGGCGUCGCAAGACGCAGCUUGGGUAUCUUGGAUUCAAGAUGAGGUCAAGAGACGCACGGGCUACUGUAUAUGGCUUGUGGAUUGUACUCUUGCAUAUUACUUCGAUAAUCGACCCCUGCUCUCCCUAGAUGACGGACAAGCUGCAUUGCCCGCGCACGAGAAGCUAUGGCAAGCAAGGUCUGCAGAAACUUGGAAGCCACUGUGGGCGAAGUCAUCCGCCAACGAAUCCUUAUACGACGCCGUCCACAUCCUCUACAUUGAGAAGAGAGUAGUAUCGGGGAUAGGAGAAUUUAGUCACAUCCUCCUCAUCCACGCUCUCUACCACCGAAUGUGGGAAGUAGGAGACUACUUCCGCCGCCCACUAUCCUUCUGGAACCCAACAGCAAAGAAGCAAUCCUGCGAGACCGCCAUCCCCACAGGCUCAGUCUGGCUUCCGGGGAUUCCCUCAUACUCGAAAUGGCGCAACAGCGCAUGCGACUGCCUCGAUAUUCUCCACUGGACCGCCAACAGCACUGUAGCCAAAGCCGCAGGCUUCGAACACCCAACAAUCCUCCAUCUCCACGCCGCCCGACUCCUCCUCCUCGCUCCAUUCCGCGAAAUGCGCUCCCUAGCAAUUUCCCUAGCAACAGAAAAGCAGCGCUGGAGCAAACGACACCAGUCCCUCGAGUGGCAGUACAUCUGGCGCUGGAUGAAACACGACCAGUACAAAGCCCGGCUAUCAAUAAUCCACGCCGGCGUUACUCUAUGGCAUAUUCGUCGCUACUCGACAAACGCUUUCCACGAACCCGUCGCGGCGUUCAUCGCUGUCCUGACGCUUUGGGCGUACGGGUCUUGUCACGCGCAUACCUCCCAUGAGUCUAGUCCGCGUUCGCAGUCGCGUGCGGAGCCGCUCCACGAACCGAGUUUUGUUCAUCUUGAUCGGCCGUGUGAUGAUGAGCUUGUGCAGCUUUUUGUGAGGGAGGGUCAUGCUAUGAAAGGGAAUGUUACUGGUGUGGGGGAUAUAUGUGGGCCUGAGGGCCCGGAAAGGAUGCUGCGGGUUGGAUGUGAGAUUAUUUCGGGAUUGACGGCGUGGAGUGUUUCGAAGAAGUUUGUGGCUAUCUUGACGCGGUUGGCCGAUUUGAGCUCGUAUCACUCUUCUUGGGAACAGAAUCGCCGACUUGAUGCUGAGAAUGUCUGA